ACGUCGCUUGGAAUCGUUUGGACAACAUCGCCUUGUAGAUUGAUAUUAAACAUGAGCUUGAGACUGUGUUUGGUGGCUUGCCUGUUGGCAGUGGCCCUUGCUUCGAAGGAUUCGCUGAAGCCAUCGCAAUGGCUGAACCCUUCCGAGUUGGAGAAUAUGCCGUCGCUGAAUGAGAUCACCUGGGAACGUUUGGAGAACACACCGCUGCAGCGAGGCGCUCAGAUGGUUGACCAAAUCUAUCACGUGGCCCACAUCAAGCACGAUCUGACACCCAACUUUGUGCCCAGUGCCAGCAACAUUCCCGUCAGGAUUGUCAAAGCCAAUGGCAAGAGUGUGGAGGCCAAGCUCAACAAUUACGUGGAGAAGGCACGUGCCCUGCCCGGCUUUGGCGAUGAUGAGGUGACCAUUGUGCUCACUGGUCUGCCCCAGACGACCCCCACCAUCAAGAAGGCUAUGCGCAAGCUAGAACAGGCCUAUAUGCAGCGCUACAACUUGCAGGAGCAGCAGAAGAGCUCUCAAACCCAGGAGCAGCGUCAACAGAAAUACAAGGACUACGAUUAUACAUCCAGCGAGGAGUCUGCUGAUGAGUGGAAAUCGGCCAGGACCAACAGCGGCGAUUUGAUCAUUAUCGAUUUGGGUGCCACUUUGACGAGCUUCAAGCGUUACGCCAUGUUGGAUGUAGCCACUACUGGUGAAAUGAUUGGUCACACUUUGGUGGAGCUCGUGAAGGACGCUGACGUGCCACAGCAGAUUAUUCAUUUGAUUGGUCAGGGUAUUGCCGCCCAUGUUGCUGGUGCCGCUGGCAACGAAUUCACUAGCCACACAGGCCAGAAACUGCGACGCAUCACCGGUCUGGACCCCGCUAAGAUUUUGGCCAAACGUCCCGAUACCUUGAUCGGUCUCUCUCGCGGCGAUGCUGAAUUCGUCGAUGCCAUCCACACCUCCACCUACGGCAUGGGCACUCCAGUGCGCAGCGGCGAUGUCGAUUUCUAUCCCAAUGGACCCAACCAGGGUGUUCCCGGUGCCAAGAAUGUGAUUGAGGCUGUUGUACGUGCCACCCGUUACUUUGCCGAAUCUGUCCGUCCAGGAUAUGAGCGUAACUUCCCCGCUGUUCCCGCCAACUCGCUGAAGCAGUACAAGAACAACAAUGGCUUUGGCAAACGUGCCUACAUGGGUAUUGAGGCUGAUUUCGAUCUGGAGGGUGACUACAUCCUCGAGGUGAACGAGAAGAGCCCAUUCGGUCAGCGCACCGCGGCACAGAAGCAGAACUACUACCAUGGUGUCCACCAACAAUUGAACCUCUAAGCAUAAAUCGUGGAUGACGACAAGAAUAAGCAUGAAUUACCUGAAACACAUAAUCGAAAAAGCAAAACAAAAACACUAAAAUAAAUACAUUAGCACAAUUUCUUAAAAGAA